AUCCAAACAAAGUCUGAACAAAUUGUGCCCCCCCACCCCGGAAGAAGGGUAUAGUCAGUAUAGCCUACACAGUCCCUGAAUCCUUCUCAAACUGGACGAGUCGACACGUGUGUCACCAAAACAGGAUGCGCGUUCAGAGUAUAGGUGGUGCUUGUUGACCCCGGGUCCGGGCUAAACAGCCAGAGGUGGGGUGCCCCCCUUCCGUUCGCGAGAAAGCCGCACAUCUGCUUUGGGGGCGAGCCGCUGCGCAAUGGACGGUGGCAGGAGUGGCGGCCGAGCGCCUUUAAAUAGGGUUGUCUGCAAAGUUUGGGACAGAUCAUCUCCAGUCUCCCAGCGGCGCGCAACGACGUACGGCAAAUCACUGAUUUACGCACGGAUGGAGGUAAACAAGAGAUCGGGGAUGAGGGACGCCGUGCUGGCGCUCUUGCUCGCCGUCCUCCAGGGAUUCCGAUUCGCGGCAUCUGUCCCCAACCCCUCGCCGCUGGUUGGGUCCAACUGGGGGAACCCGAGGAGGUACAUCCACCUGCAGACAUCCACAGAGCUUAACAACUUCUACCUGGAGAUCAGCUUCAGUGGCCAUGUGCGCAAAACUACAGUGAGGAGCUCGUACAGUGUUGUUUUACUCAAAGCUGAAUCAAGGGAGCGCGUUGCCAUCUUUGGAGUCAAAAGUAACCGGUACCUGUGUAUGGAUGCAGAGGGCAACCCCUUCACCUCUCCCAUCUGCCUUAAGGAUGACUGUCUGUUCAACCACCGGCUGUUGGAGAACCACCGGGACGUGUACUACUCCAGCAGAACCGGGAUCCUGAUGAAUCUGGAGGGCUCCAAGCAGGUGUACACCGCGGGCCAGAACCUCCCCCAGACGUCUCUGUUCCUGUCCGAGAAGAGCACGGUGCCGCUGGAGCGUUUCCUGCACCGGGAGAAGCGGAACCGGGUGGUGGACCCGUCCGAUCCGCACAACGUGUUCUACCCGGGCCAGACGGAGGAGGGCUCGGAUUCCCAGGCCGUGCCGGAGGACGACGCCGAUCCGGAGACGGAGCCCGGAGAGGGACGCAACGUGUCCAGAGAGACCCCGCUGGCCCCGUCCACCCACGACCCGUGGAACGUCCACGUUUCCCAUCCCGGCAGCCCCCGCGUCACCGGAGCCAUGGGGUGAUGGUGGGCCAGGAUCCGUGUCAAAAAGGGAUGAACCGCGACUAAGGUGCCGCGUAAAAGGGAUUUUAAAGCGCGAUUCUUUAAAGGGGAUUUUUGGAGGCGCGAUGCGGAACGAAUCUCGCCAGGAUUUUGACGCACGGCGUGGAGGCGAAGAGCCACCGGAAGAUGCUUUUCCUCCGCGUCGUGCGUCAAAAUCCUUCAACGCGCGCCUUUGUCGCGGAUCUUCCCUCUUAUGCCGUGAUCACUUUCCGAAAAAAAAAAAAAAUUAAAAGCAUUCACCUACUUUUGGAUGGACGUUUUGGACUCAGAAUUUGAAAGAAAACAAAAGAAAUAUGACGACGGAAAAGUUGCGCGUUAGGCUAAAGCUUUGAAUGUUUACUGGUUUUCGCGACUUGCUAAAUCAGCCACUCGCUAGUUCAGCGUGUUGCUAUAGUUACGUAGCAGCUUUAAGGCCGGCGGAUUAAUUUAGAGCGGUGAUUAAACUGGAGCCGAACUACGUGCGCAUCAGACGGAUUUAAUACGCACUUUCCAGCCAAUCUCUAACCAGUAUUCUGCAUGACAACGGAUAGCUACACUUUAUUUGCCUAUUGGCUUUUUUUUGUUUUUUGUUUUUUUGGUCUGUUUUUUUGUUUGGUCGCGCAACGUUCUCAUCAAGGUUUUACAGCUGGUCUGAGAACCUACUUAGCAGAUAUACUGAUGUGAUCCGAAAGAGGACAUUUUAUGAUCCUUAUUAUAUUUUUGUCGAGGAAGAUGCCUUCCUAUAUAGCCUACCUCUGGAAGACCUGAGUGCCGUGCAGUCCGAAGAGCUGGAGCGAGGAAGCCGAGUUUAAAAUGGAGAGAUAGGAGAAGCGUUACCAAGUGUUCAAGAAAGCGUUUGUUUUUGGACGCAGGUCGUUAUGAGAGGACGCACACUGUUUACCCAGUUGAGUAAGAGGAGACUCGUAGAACACCGCCGAAACUGGGCUCAUCUUUGCCCACUGCCUUCAAGAAACCGAGCGAUCCUCUAUUGCCACGCACACAUAACAGUAAUCCACAAGCCAAAGCCUACAUGAUUAAGUUGAUAACUCGCUGCAAGUGACUUAUUGGCUAUGCGUCUGUUUUGACAAAUAGUAGUGCAUGAUGUACUUUUUUAAAUGCCUUCUUUUUUUGCAAUUGAAUGCUAUCGAGUUUUGCCAUGAGAACUCUGCACAAACUAAGUUGUGGCAGUAAAUUAAUUCAUGACUUGAAGAAAUGCCAGACAACUACAAGGUAAAAGAACUGCAUCUUUCUAUGGUGCAGUGAUUCUGAUAUAAAAUUAUAUUAAUAAUAAUAACAAUCUGAACUCUUGCUCUAUUAACAGGUGCUGGGCACCACCAGCCAACAAACUAAGCCAUUCCCAAAGAGUAUUUAUUUAUUUAAGUCCAUUCCUUGAUGAUAUUUAUAGUAUUUAUACGGAUCCUUUAUAGUUAAAUGUACAUAUAAGAAAGAUUUGUCUUUAAAUGUGUAUGCUUGUAAUGGUUGAUGGAAAUGUAAUGUUGCCAGAGCUUGGGGGAAGAAAUAAAGGUAUG